GGUUGAAAACUGUCCUGGUUUUCAACUGGCAGGAACGCUGACCUGAAAAUCUUCCAAGUCUUGCCAUUGCGAACUGUAGUGUGCCCUAAAAUAGACUGCCAGAGAGUAUAAAGAGGUUUAAGGCCGGGAGGUCGGGCCUUCAGACGAGCAGCACCACACUGUUGAGUCACACAGAGGACGACUGAUUUGAGCAAAAAGACAUCAUUGAGGACCCCACUCUCUUCUGUUCUUGAAUUUUGGUUCCUUCUUCCUAAUCAAAUUCUGACAGAGGACAAUGAAGUACUACCAGUUCCCUACGUCUCAGACUGUGCCCCUUCGAGCUUAUGCUCAGGACAAGUACAAGAGCUCUGCGUCGCAAAAGCCCAUCCGCAACGUGCAUUUCCCCAAUGACAUCGUUUUCCAGGACUUUGUCCGUCAUGGUGAGCUGGAGAGGAUUGGACGCUUCAUCCGAACAAGAAGGGUCACCCUGGACACCAUCUACCCCUCUGGCAUGGCCGCCAUCCACGAGGCUGUGCUGUCUGGGAACCUGGAGUGUGUGGAAGUGUUGGUCCAUUACGGGGCAAGCAUUCACCAGAGGGAUGACGAGGGAUGGACCCCGCUACACAUGGCCUGCAGUGACGGCUUCCCUCACAUUGCACGCUAUCUUCUCUCACUGGGCGCCGAUUCAAAUAUGGAAAACGACUGUGGAGAGAAGCCUUGUGACCUCAUUGACCCGGAGAACAAGGAACUGCUGGACCUAUUCGGUCUAGUCAACAACGACUGAGUGCCAUGGAGUGUUACUUGCAACGGAAAGCCGAUGCGGUUACUCAAAUUGUUCUGACAAGGAAGAGAGAAAAGUUCUCGUGGCUUCAGAAUCCUACAGAAAGUUGCCUCAACAGUGGAGGUGACCGUGGAUGUCUGGUGGAAGGAAGUCUGACACAGCAGGCUUUUUCCGACAUAGAUUGGCAGCAGCCAGCUCUAUUUGCAUCUUGAAAGUGUUUGCUGCACUUUUGCAAGUUUUGGUAGAAAAAAAAAAAAUCCAUACUUUUCAAUGGAUUCAAGCAUGAGUUAGGGUUUCCUAAUGGAUUCUGACCAAUUGAAGCAGACGCUGCAAUAACUGCAGUCUUUUUUUAAUAUGAAUAUGAAAUCUAGCAUUCUAGCAACAUGUUAACUGUAUAGUCUUAUUUUUGUUACGGUUUGUACCUCUAAAAUAAAGUGUUUGUUAUAUUAAGCCAAA